AUGCCCGCAUCUUAUGACUGGGGUGUUGAGCAUAUUGGCCGCCUGGGAGAUGGUGGCAAGUGGGUGUGCGGCAUGUCCCAAUGCGAGGACUAUGCUAAAGACCGGGAAUGCGUCAUGUAUUCUUUCGGUGUUCGUGACGAGUCCAGCUUCGAACAAGAAAUGCCGAGCCGCACCGAUUGUGUUGUAUGGGUCUAUGAUUUUUCAGUUAAGGACUUCGGAUCACAGGUCGACAGUAAGCACCAUGACCAAGCUCACUUUAAGCAAAUUGGUAUUGCUGGCACGACAGAUACCACCCUUUUUUACAGUAUUGCAGACUUGAUGGAAAUGAACGGCCAUGAUUACAUUGACAUUCUCAAAAUGGACAUCGACGAAGCCAAAUAUGAUGCUUUGGACAGUCUACACCGCGACUUUCCUGCAUCCACCGGUGAAGAGCUGCCUAUCGGCCAGCUGAUGGUUGAAAUUCAUAUAUAUGACAACAAAAACUCAAUGAUUGUGCUUGACUGGUGGGAGCGCCUAGAGGCGCGCGGCCUGUGUUCCGCUUAG